GGUUUCAUGAGUUGAAUGAACUUCUUGUUCGAAAAUUCAUUCAAAAUCUGAGUUUUUAGGAUGAAUAAAUAAAACAGCUGAGAAAAUCAACAAAAACAAAACAAGUUGGGAACGUUUUGCCGCUUUCCGCUUAAAAAAUGUCAACAACUAACGAGGAAAAAACGACCGAACUGGAACAAGUGGCCAGUUUUGUGACAGCGGUGAAGAAACAUAUCUAUAAGUUCGACGGAACGUACUACAACGUUAAACCUGUGGUUCUGAAUCGGCUCUGGAUCAAGGUGGCCAACGAUAUCGGCAAUAGCAGACCAAGUUACAAGCUGACUCCGUUUGGGAUCAAAAUGCUGUGUCUCUCCAAGGAACGUUUCGAAACCGCGCGGGCCCACUUUUUUGCGAACAAUGUGGAGUUUUAUACCCACGAGAAACGAAGCAAGCGGCAACUCCGCGUCGUUGUCAGAGGAAUUCCAUCGGCUUCACCUGAAUACGUCAAGAAAAACCUCAAGAAAUCGCACAACCUGGAUGAUGCAGAGGUGCCGCCAUGAAGAAAAAAUUAGAGUUAGCCUCGUCGGAGGAAACCUCGUACAAUGUUACGUUCUUCAAGGGGUACACCAACCUAAAGCAGCUGAACGUCCGGAACAAGCGACCGAACGUGACCCAGUGCAGGAACUGCUUGCAGCUGGGCCUUGGAACCAGGAACUGUCACCUCAAUGGGGAGUGCAACAACUGUGGGGGUCCCUACAAGACGGACGAGUGCAAAGUCUAAGCUGCCCCAAGCGUGCAGGCGUCGGAACAAAAACUAUAGAUCGUUCCCUCCGCUGCCGGGCGCAGUCCCGGACGGAAAACCGAAAAAUCGCCCUCGACCCGCAGGAAGCAGCAAAGGAAGCACUGGCUCUACAGUUCGGCUGAGCUACGGCACAUUUUCUCCGAGUACAGCGCCAGACUCAAGACCUGCAAGACCUGCUUGGACCAAGUAACCCUUGCCAGUUACAUGAUAUGUAUUAUAUAUUAGAUGUUGAUCGAUCCUCGGGCCUAACCUGGUCGCAGCACGUAAGAGCACGUAAUAAAAAUAGGUUAUGAAUAAAAGACCUGCUGUGAUUCAAGCGAUCUGUAUGGAACCCGUUACUCACGAAACUGGGGAGACCUGAUCUGAAGUACAUCUCGGAUCGUCUGAUUCGUUUUGGCAUCGCUGACUGACAAUCGAACGGUUCCGGAUUGCUGAAGAGCCUCGUGAACACAAACGACUAACGAUCUCGGUCACAAUGUCAAAAUCCGGUGCAAUUUAUUUCGCGGGGAGAUUCAAGAGGGAUUUUUUUUCAAGAUUCAAGAGGGAUAUUUAAGCCGAUUAAGCAGGGAUAUUGUUUGGUAACCAUUAUCAGCUU